ACCUGGGAGCGGAUGUGGCGGCAUGUGGGCAGGAUCCACCCCGAGGGGGAGCGGGUGGCGCAGAGGAUCCGGGGCGCCGCUGACUUGCCCAAGAUUCCCAUACCAAGUGUGCCUGCGUUCCAGCCGUCCACCCCAAUCCCUGAGCGCCUGGAAGCCGUACAGCGCUACAUCAGGGAGCUUCAGUACAAUCACACUGGGACACAAUUCUUUGAGAUUAAAAAGAGCAGACCUCUGACUGGGCUGAUGGACCUGGCCAAAGAAAUGACCAAAGAGGCCCUGCCGAUAAAAUGCCUGGAAGCUGUGAUCCUGGGAAUUUACCUCACCAACAACAUGACCACGCUGGACCGUUUCCCCAUCAGCUUCAAAACCCACUUCUCAGGGAACUACUUCCGACACAUAGUGCUGGGGGUGAACUUUGGAGGCCGCUAUGGGGCACUGGGCAUCAGCCGCCGUGAGGAGCUCAUGUACAAAGCACCCGUCUUCCGCACACUGAGCGAACUCAUCUUUGACUUCGAGGAGGCCUAUCGCCGCUGCUGGCACACUCUGAAAAAGGUGAAGCUGGGCCACUGUGUGUCCCAUGACCCACACAGCGUGGAGCAGAUCGAGUGGAAGCACUCCAUCCUGGAUCUAGACAAGCUAACCCGGGAAGAUUUCCGCAAAGAGCUUGAGAGACAUGCCCGUGAUAUGAGGCUGAAGAUUGGCAAAGGAACUGGGCCACCGUCUCCCACCAAGGACAGAAAGAAAGAUGUUUCCUCCCCACAAAGAGGUCAGGCCAGCCCCCAUCGGCGCAACAGCCGCGGGGACCGACGGCCAUCUGGUGAGAAGAAGCCUGCUGAUUCCAAAGCCAUGCCAGACCUCAAUGGGUACCAGAUCCGGGUGUGAACAGAGCUGUGCCUUGUGUGCCUGGCUCCACAGACUUGCUGGCCACAGCUGGGAACUGGAUCCGCCUGCAGUGAUUCUGACACAGGGGACAGGGGAGCGGGAGUGGAACAGAGUUCUGGUCUUCCCAGGUACUUCCUAAUGGGCCAGUCCCAGAGCUGGAUCCCAUGGGUCCCAGAGGAUUCACCUGCCUGUUUCUGGGAGAGGUGUCCAUCUUAAUUCACUGAAACAAGUAUUUUUAAAAAAUAAAAAGAUUGUACAUUGGUGGGAGUUUGCUGCAGAAAGAAUAUGAAGUGAGGUCAGCAGACUUGCUAUCCUUUUUUUGGCACUGACAGCAAGUAAAUGAAGCAUCUUGUCAACAGUACUUCUUCCCUGUCUGCACAGAAGUCUUCAACCCAUGCAAGGCCUGCAGGGCUGAGGGAGAAGUGAUGCUG